AUGUUAUUUUUAAAAUUAUCGGUGCUGUUUUUUACAUGUUGUGGAUAUGAAUACGAAAAUUCAUAUGAUGAAAUUCCUAUCCCCACCACCAGGGCCAUGAACACAAAGGUGACACUGAAGACGCUUAACAGGCAAGAGUUGCUUGAUGUUGAAGACGCAAUAAAGCAACUGUUGAGCAACGUGAAUGCUAUCACAUCCUCUGAGAAUCAAACAGAUGUCAACAUUUUACGCUUUUUAAGAAUAAGAAGAGAAGAAUUAACCACGGAUGUAACAGACACAACGGAAAUGACGGAGAGUACAGUGUCAACUAUACCUACAGCCAGAUAUCCAAUCGAUGUGCCAGCUCUUCUGGAGCUUAUUGCAGCUCUUGCAGAGGAUUAUGAGUCGAACCUAACGCAAAAGCUGAACGAAUCACUUGCUCUCAUGUCCAUACCAACAUGUGAGACGUUUACCACUGUAAGACAUACAACAUCCGAGUACGACGCCAACGCAACGGGCAGUGUUAUUGCUAAGUGCUUCGUAUGUGGACUAGAGGAGACUGGAGUGCCUGUGUCAGCUCCGUGUGCUGAUGCGUUUGCUGGUGACUUCCUACCCAUGGUACCAGUUGACCCGACAGCGCGAGCUCAGAUAUCAAAGUUUAGAAAGUAUUGCAAGUAUCAGAAUACACGUGGAUAUAGGUACAAUAGCUCCCAGCCUCGGGCCAUCUUCGGACGCUGGACUGGUGGAUGUGCAGUGAGAUGGAUUGACUUAAGUGGCAUCUACACUCAGAGGACGUGCAGGAGCCGGUACCAGGCCAUCAUGGGCAAGCAUUUUGGCAGCAAGAGGAUGGCCAGGUUGGAGAUGGCGCUCAUGGCUCUUUUUUUGUCAAUUUCUGGACGAGACCUCCUCCAUCUUCCUCCAGUACGCCCUGCACUGGCGUCUCUGCAUCCCCUGGGAGCCAAGUUUCUUGACAACGUCAUAGUCCAACUAGUCGGUGAGGGGCCCGCGGUCGUUUGUUCUGCCGAGGUCUUCAAUUCAAGGAGCAUGCUGGUCCACCGGUUCUUGUCCAUGCGCGCUGUGGCCUGCCCACCGCCACUAAGAUGUUGCGAGAUGCCAAGCAUUGCACGCUACAUCGCCUGCUGCUCGAGCUCGAGCUCUCGGGCUUUCCGCAGAGUGCGCAGAAUAAGAGCAGAAGGUAUAGGGUCGAAAAUGGCCUGA